AAGGAAGACAAAAGUCCCGAGAAGCCUGCACAGAAAACAAUGUGCCUACAAUUGAAUGACACAAAAGUGGAUAGCAUUACCACGGAUUAUAAUCCCGACAAGGCGAAUUAUCAUCCACUCAAAGAUGCCGCUUGGAAAAAGGGCCAAAAAAUUCCAUAUCUCGCAUUAACACGCACGUUCCAGUUGAUUGAAGAAACUCGAGGGCGUUUGAAAAUGGUUGAAAUAUUGGGAAAUUUCUUUAGUUCGGUUAUAGUCACCAAUCCAGAUGAUUUAUUGCCAAGCAUUUAUUUGUCCAUUAAUCAAUUGGCACCAGCCUAUGAGGGUUUGGAACUUGGUGUUGCCGAAACAACGCUGAUGAAAAUCAUUUGUGAUACAACUGGACGUAAAAUGGAUUUUAUUAAAUCUCAAACGCAUAUAACUGGGGAUUUGGGCAUAGUAGCUGAACAAUCCCGUAUGGCCCAACGAAUGAUGUUCAAGCCAGCUCCGCUAACCAUAUCAGGUGUGUUCAAAAAACUCAAAGAUAUUGCAAAUGCUCCGGGCAAAAAUAAGGUAACACCCAUUAAAGACAUAUUUAUUGCAUGUCGUGGAUCGGAGGCCAGAUUCUUUAUCAGAUCUCUGAUUGGUAAACUGCGUAUUGGCAUUGCUGAACAAAGUUUAAUAAAUGCAGUGGCAACCGGUAUUGUCAAGAGUAAGCAUAUGGACAAUCUGAAGAAAAUAGGUGAAGAAAAGUUGAAAACUGAAAUCGAAGAGGUAACUCUAAUACUAAAGACCACCUAUUGCCAAUGCCCAAAUUAUGAUAAAAUCAUACCAACUCUAUUGGAAUAUGGCAUCAAUGAGAUAGAGGAACGUUGUCCCAUGUUGCCGGGUGUGCCGAUCAAGCCUAUGUUGGCCCAACCAACAAAAGGUGUUUCAGAAGUACUCGAACGUUUUGAUGGCCUCACAAUUACUUGUGAAUUUAAAUAUGACGGCGAGAGAGCACAGAUACAUUGUGACGAAAAUGGUGUAAUUUCAAUCUUUUCACGUAAUCAGGAAAACAAUACAACCAAAUAUCCCGAUAUUAUUUGUAGAAUAGGAGAGUUUUCCAAAGAAUGUGUCAAAUCCUACAUCAUUGACAGUGAAAUUGUUGCCUGGGAUGUGGAGCAAAAAAUGAUCCUGCCCUUCCAGGUGCUAACGACAAGAAAACGCAAAAACGUCGAUGUCCAAGAAAUUAAGGUACAGGUCUGUGUCUACGCAUUCGAUUUAUUAUACCUAAAUGGCGAACCGUUGGUUACCAAACCCUUUGCGGAUCGUCGAAAGCUAAUGAAGGAGAAUUUCAAUGAAACAGAAGGUAUGUGGCAUUUCGCUCAUGCCAUGGACACCAGUGAUGUGGAUGAAGUUCAGGCAUUCCUCGAAGAAUCGAUUAAAGGAAACUGUGAAGGUUUGAUGGUUAAGACCCUACAGAAAGAUGCCACAUAUGAGAUUGCUAGACGCUCACGAAAUUGGUUAAAACUGAAAAAAGAUUAUCUGGCUGGUUGUGGAGACUCAUUGGAUUUAGUUGUUAUUGGUGGUUAUCGUGGUAAAGGUAAACGUACUGGCAGUUACGGCGGUUUCCUUCUCGCCUGUUAUGAUGAUGAAAAUGAAGAAUAUCAAAGUAUAUGUAAAAUCGGAACUGGCUUUUCCGAUGAAAGUCUACAGACACAUGCCGAUUUCUUUAAAAAUCAUGUUGUACCAACGAAGAAAUCGUACAUUGCUUGUGACAGUUCUCUGGAACCUGAUGAUUGGUUUGAACCCGUUCAAGUAUGGGAGGUCAAGUGUGCUGAUCUUUCUAUAAGUCCUAUACACAAGGCAGCUAUUGGUAUUGCAGAUCCGGAAAAAGGUAUAUCGCUGAGAUUUCCACGUUUCAUAAGAAUACGAGAUGACAAAACCCCCGAAAUGGCCACAACUGGUCGUGAAGUGGCAUAUAUGUACAAUUCUCAGGAUCAAAUUAAAAAUCAACAAAGUCGUCAAACAGCAAUGGAUGAUGAUUUCUAUUGAAUUUUU